AGUAAUAAAAAAAUACACCGCUCCAUUUUAUAGAUAUCUUAUUAACAAAAGCAAAUAUAUGCACAGACACACUAGUAUUUUUUCCACAAUCCUGUCAGUGUUUUUACGAGGGAUAAUUUAGAUUUUUAACAAUGGUACUAGAUUUGGUACAAUAUUAUAUAUAUGGUUUCACUGUUCAACUCUGAACGUCACAUACUAGAUACAGAUCUAAGGUUAAUACUUAUCAAUUUUAAGACAUCUAAGAAAAAAAACUAAUUACUUAUACAACACCAGGAAAUAUUUUGGUUCCCUAUAAAAAAAAUUUAAAUUUAUCGCAAUACAACAAAACAAAAUUAUUUCAAUAAAUUUGUUAUUGAAGUCCAAGCAAUCAAAUUAGUCUACCAAUGGGUGGUCACAUAUAAACAAGUUAACUAAAAAAAAAAUAAAAUAGAACUCCUUUUAAAAUUGAUGGAAAGUACUAUACUAGUGUCUAGUAGAUAUUUUCAAUGUUAACAGAUAGAACAUGUGUAUAGGCAAUGUCCAAUAAAGUUUUAUUACUUCCAGAGGAGCCACUCUGUCUAGCACUCAACUAGGUGUUAACUAGAGUAUCCAGAUGAAUGGGUAGAUUCCCGGUUUUUUUUUUUGUUUUUUUUUUUUUAAUUUUGGGGGGUGUAAAGGUAUAUUAAAGGUGAAAGUAAAAAUGUUACCUAUAGUAAAGUGAGGGCCCGUUUAAAUUUUUCAGCUAGUUUGUAAGAUCUCUUUUUUUCUUUUAAGUAUAAUUUUUAUCACAUACACUGUCCUCAUUAACAAAAUAUUAACAAUAAACAAAAAAAAUUAUCAAAGAAACUCGGAUUAGGCCCGAUCUCUAGCUAUUUAUUGUUUUUGGAAAUAAUAGCUACAAAAGUUUUAAUGUAAAUAAAUUAAACACGCGACAAGAAUAUAUAAUAUUAACAAUAUGUUACUAUCCAAUGAACGAUUUGUCUGUGAACAAAUGGUCAUUGAACGAUUUGUCGCGUGAACGAUUUGUCGUGAACCAACUGUCGGGGAACAAGUUGUCUGUGAACAAGUUGUCUGUGAGCCAAUAGUCUGUGAGCGAUAUGUCGCAUGAACGAAUAGUCGUCGGUGAACGAAAUUUAAGUGAAUGAAUUGUCAUGUCCCCGUAUAUGAUGACUUAUCUCUAUUCACUGAUACCGACGUCAAGCAAGAAAAUGCUUUCAUUACCCAGUAAAUUGAUGAAUCAUGCUAUUGCUAAACAGCCCCUUAAGCACAUGCUUUCAAAGCAUUUAUUAGCUGCAGAAGUAUGGCAUAAACGGACUUUAAGUUCAAAAUCUAAUGGAAUAACUGAUACGAAUUUGAAAAACUCUGUCAAUGGCAAAAAAUCAGUUGAAAUGAAACAAGAGCCAACAUUAUCAAGUGUUGAUAAAGCUAGACAGAUGAAUCUAAAAAAUCAGGUUAUUGAUUCAAGCCUUCCAAAUCAUGAUCCACAAAGAAUUACUUCUGAAAGUAGAAAACUGGAAGUCAAAGCCAAGUCAUUACUAAAACAAAUAGCCAAUGAAAAAGGUACAGAUAAAGCAGCCUUUUUAUAUGCCAUCAAUACAUAUAUCUCACAAGAAACAUUGUAUCGAAGAGGUGCUGUGGAGUUCAUUUAUUCGGCAAUGCAUGAAAUGAAAACUUUUGGUGUAAAUAGAGAUCUUACUGCAUAUAAAGCUUUGCUGCAGGUUUUCCCAGAAGGGAAGAUGAUACCAAGAAAUAUAUGGCAAGUUGAAUUUAUGCACUAUCCUAGACAACAGCAAUGUGGAAUUGAUAUGCUAGAACAAAUGGAAGUUAAUGGUGUUAUUCCUGAUGAUGAAUUUGGAGUACUCCUGAAAAACCGAUUUGGUUCAACAGCCCAUGUGACAAGAAAAUAUCUCCGUAUGAUGUACUGGUUGCCAAAGUUCAAGAACAUUAAUCCCUACCCAAUACCCUACAUCCUGCCUACUGAUCCUAUCCAGAUAGCUUUAUUUAUGUUGAAAAGAAUGUGUGUGGAUCAAGAAACGAAAUACUCUGUUUUAAAGACUACAGAAUUAGAAGAGAAUAGUACACAGGAAGACACAUAUAUUGUCAGUGCACAAAGUCCCAUACAACAGGAGUUACUUUCUAAACACAACUGUAACCUGCCAUUAUUUGUGGAAGGACCAUAUCCAGUUUACCUACGAUACCUUCAAAAACACUACUUUCUCUUGCGAGCAGAACCCAACAUAAAAAUUUUAAGGCAGAAAAAGCAACAAGAGAUAGAAGAAGAGAAAGAAAAAAAUAUGUUUGAAUGGAUCAAUUUUUUUGAUGAAGAUUACAAAAGUAUUAAACCUGUAGUAAGUGUUCAUGAACAAGAAGACAGUACCAUUUUAGCAUUAUGCAUAACAGGAACAUGCUCAAAAUCAAGUGUUCAAACAUGGAUUAGGUGGCUUGAAAAAUCCAAUCCAAAUCUUACUACAACACCUGUUUUAUUUAAAUUGUUAUCUGAAGACCAUGAGAUGGAAGUGAUUGGUGAUAACAGAGCAUUUCAAGAACAGAGUACAUAAAAAAAAAGUUUUAAAAAAUGUAUAACUAUUUUUUCUAUCUAAUACACUGCCAUGAAUGCUGAUGAUAAAUCUAGAUGAUAACUUAGAUUGCCUAGCAACUAAGUGCAACAUUGUUGGCUGUUGGAUUAUACUUAUAAUUAACUAAGAUAUGUUUUUUUUACUGUACCGGUAUAAAAAAAAUUGGUGUUUCUUAGUAAAUCUGCUUUUUUUUGUAAAAAAUUACAUUUAGAAAUGUUCUUUUAAUAGGAUGCAAUGGAUAAUGUUCAAACAUAUAUUGAAUAAAAUAAACACUAAAAAUAUUGAAAA